CGACAAUUAUUAUUCUGGCUUAACUUUUACUAGGAUUAGACGCAUAGAACAGUGGCUUAUAUGUUGUACGACACAUACAGCUUUCAUAUUUCAGGUGUGUACAGCUAGAUCGAAGUGACAAGGAAACUGUCAACAGUUGUCCAAUAUAACAGAUUACAUCUGCCGUUCAUAAUACCCUCAUCUGACCAUACAGACAGUGAACUGAUAAGGUAACCCUCCAUCGGAGAGCAAAUGUUGUACUUGGGAUUAAUAUACAUAUUUUGAAACUGUGUCAACGUGGAUUUUAAACAAUUUAUGAUAAUUUGCUCCCGUAGAUAUAACUGUUGGCUUUGGAUUUAUCUCAAAUUACCAUUUGCGUCAAUAGUACUCUAAUGACUGUGUUAAGACGAUUGGAUCAUACAAAGUGUUCUGGGAUGAAAUACUGAGAGCCUGUUGACUUUCAACUAAUCCCACUUCAAGAGCCACAGUAUCCGUUGGUAUUUCGUAAUGACUUCCACAGAAUAAUAAACAAACACCACGAUCGGAAAUAAGCAGACAUUUACGUCUAGCAGAAACACGUUUAUUGGAAUAAUAAGUAAUUCGGUGCGGGACAUGUACAUGUGUUCGGCUCCAAUUUAAGUUUUCUAUUACACAAUUACAUGUAAGAAAGCUAAAAUCAUUAUCGGGUCUACGAGUAAUGUUCUACGGGAAGGAGUGUUUGAAGAAUUCUGAAGAUCCGUGCUAAAUUUAUCGUAUCUUGCAACAAGGCUGAUAAUUUAGGAUAUAUUGCCCUUUUUACAGCAAUCUUCCAUUAACGAGAGUCCAAUAAAUCUGUAGAUUGAACUCGAUGAUAAAAGGAUUAUGACAGGAGAAUUACAUAUUUACAAUUCCAGAAUAUAGACAGGAGUAUGUAUUUAUAUAUAUAUAUAUAUAUAGAGUAAAAUCAUAAAUGUUAGUUACGGAAACUAUCAUUACCACAGAAUAGACCAACUCAGUUAUUUAAUACGAGGAAAAACUAUUGCAAGUGACACGCAAGAUUCCGAUUCAACAAAUUGUCGAAAUAAAUUCGGAAGUGAUUUAUCUCUCGGGUUAUUUUUGUUAUUUGAAACUAAUACAUACUCUAAUCAUUUGAGAUGGAAGGCCGUCAUUUUUGUGUUUUAAAUCUAAACUUUGUGAUUGGAUUUGGUAAUUGAACUUGUGAACUAAAUCCUCGACGUAAUAAAAGGAAACGUAUUAAGAAUUCUUCAUGUUGAUAAAAAAAUGGAGUCUUAUUCAUAUCGGGUAUUUUUCGCUCUAGGAGUGGUGCGAAUCGGCUUGGCGUGUUUUGGAGUUGUUGGUAAUAUACUUUCAGUGAUAGUUUUAGCGCAUCGGUCCAUGCGAUCAUCUACUGCUGUGCUGUUGAUAUGUCUUGCUCUUUACGAUACUGUAUUUUUGGUAGCUACCGGAGUGACAGCUGUAGUUGGAUUAAAUACCAUAUCGAUGUCCAUGUCACUACUUCAUAUCGUUGCUGCCUUUUAUCCCAUUCGUAAUAUUGCUCAAAUGGGGUCGGUUUACGCUACUGUAAUUUUAACCGUGGAAAGAUUUAUUGCCGUAGCCUACCCGAUGAAAGCUCGAAUUAUUUGUACUUUAUCGAACAGUCGCAAUUUCAUGAUUGGUGUAUUUAUUUUCUCUGUGGCCUUUAAUAUACCGAGAUGCUUGCGUUCGUUAAUAAUUACACCCCCAAUGAAUGUAACAGCCAACGAUUCCAUUCCAUCUGACAACUACAACUUUUUAUAUAUGCGAGUAUAUGAAAUUUAUUUGACGACCAUACUAUAUUUCUUGAUACCUUAUACACUGAUCGUUAUACUCAACAUACGUUUGUUAAUGACCUUAAAAAAAAGCAGAAAAACUACCAUAAAACUGAGUUACCACAAUAAGAAUAAACAGAGACGCGAAUCAACAUCUAUGAGGAAUCCAACUGGAAAAGAGGACAGUUUGAUAUCGUUCGUGAUUGGAAUCACAGGGUGUUUUUUCGUGUGUUGUUUUGUUCCGUUGGUUUAUAACAUUAUUAUCUUGGCUAAACCCAAUCUUUUAGCCGAAGCUACCAGAUAUUAUCUGCUGUCCAUAGGCGACACAAUGUUGUGUGUAAACGCCGCGACCGAUUUUAUUUUCUACUGUUUAUUGGGCCAAAGAUUUAGAACGUUAUUCAUUAAAACAUUCUGCCCUUUCAUUAGAAAAUCAAAGACGGUGAUGGAAAUAUAGGCACAAAACUUGUUUGUUAAUGAUUUGUUGAACUUAAUUACGAAACUAAGGACUUGUUGAAUAUAAUUACGAAUCUAAAGAGCAUUUAUACAAUGCAAAAUUGAAUGUGUUUUCGUGGCAUUCUUACGUCCGUAUAAACUACAUGUAUAUAAGACCUAGAAGUGCUUUUGUUUAUAAAGAAUUAAUCAAUAUUUUAUAAAAUUGAUAUAGUGAAUAGUCUAGUAGUAAUGUUCAUAGAAAACAUUAGCCAUGUGAAAUUCAUGGAUAACUCCAGAGCUAGCAGAUGGUCGGGAAGGAGCAAGCAAACCCAUUUGGACAGUGUAAUGACCAACAGUAUAAUUACUAUAAUCCACAACUACUGCUUUCAUUUUCCACCACAAUAAUACUAACGAAAAACUAGAUUUAACCCACUCAGAGAUAUAUACGUCACACACGAUUUAUGUAUUAUACAAUUGCCUUAAUAAAUUAUAAAUGUAUAAAUUAC